CAAGUUAUCGUUAGAUUCCAAAGCUAACACACAUGGAGAACAUAGAGCACAAGCAGAUACGCGUAAACGGAAUCAAUAUGCACGUAGCCGAAAUAGGCCAGGGUCCGGCUAUCCUAUUCCUCCAUGGCUUCCCGGAGCUCUGGUACACUUGGCGCCACCAGCUGCUCUCCCUCUCCGCCAAGGGCUACCGCGCUAUAGCCCCCGACCUUCGCGGCUACGGAGGCACUGACGCGCCGUCUUCCGCUUCCAGCUACACCGUUUUCCACAUUGUCGGCGACCUAGUCGCCCUGCUCGACUCGUUAGGCCUCGACAAGGUCUUCCUUGUCGGCCAUGACUGGGGUGCCUCCACCGCCUGGCACUUCUGCUUGCUUCGCCCUGAUAGAAUCAAGGCACUCGUCAAUUUGAGCGUUGCUUUCAGUCCGAGGAACCCUAAGCUCAAGCCGGUCGAAAGAAUGCGCUCAAUGUUUGGCGAUGAUUACUAUAUUUGCAGAUAUCAGGAACCUGGAGAAGCAGAGGAGGAAUUCGUUCGUGCUGGUACUGAUAGAAUAAUUAGGAAAUUCUUAUCAAAUCGUGAUCCAAGUCUGCCUAUAGUACCUAAAAGUGUAGGGUUUGGGGGACCACCUGAUGAACCCAUACAAAUGCCUUCUUGGUUAUCAGAAGAAGAUGUGGACUAUUAUGUGAGCAAGUUUGACCACACUGGCUUCACUGGUGGAUUAAACUACUAUAGAGCACUUGACUUAAAUUGGGAGCUGAUGGCACCAUGGACAGGGGUACAGAUAAAGGUUCCUGUUAAAUUUGUGGUCGGAGAUCUUGACGUCACCUAUAACACUCCUGGUGUGAAGGACUACAUCCACAAUGGUGGGUUCAAACGAGACGUUCCAUUUCUGCAGGAGGUGGUUAUAAUGGAAGGGGUGGCACACUUUUGCAACGAGGAAAAACCAGAAGAUAUUAGUCUGCACAUAUAUGACUUUAUUCAGAAGUUCCCCUAACUCAUUGCUUGAGUGUGUCGAAGUCCCACGAAUAUAAAUAUAAUUGUAAUUGUUCCUAUAUAACAUGAAUUAUGUAUAACUUGCUAGCUAUUGUAUGAAAUAUUUAGUGAAAUAAAAUAAAAUACAUGAUG